AUCCCCCUUAUGUGUGCUGGGAGGCAGUUGAACAGUCUCGGGCCCCUGACACUUAUUGUAUGGUCUCUUAACGUGCUAGUGACACCCCUGCUUUUCAUUGGGGGGAUGGUGCAUCGUCUGCCAAGUCUUUUGCUUUCGUAGUGAGUGAUUUUCGUGUGCAAGUUCGGUACUAGUCCCUCUAGGAUUUUCCAGGUGUAUAUAAUCAUGUAUCUCUCCCUCCUGCGUUCCAGGGAAUACAGGUUUAGAAACCUCAAGCGCUCCCAGUAAUUGAGGUGUUUUAUCUCCGUUAUGCGCGCCGUGAAAGUUCUCUGUACAUUUUCUAGGUCGGCAAUUUCACCUGCCUUGAAAGGUGCUGUUAGAGUGCAGCAAUAUUCCAGCCUAGAUAGAACAAGUGACCUGAAGAGUCACUUGAGAUAAGAUUUCGUUCGGAUUUUUAACCCCGGAGGGUUAGCCCCCCAGCACCCAGGAUAACCCAAGAAAGUCAGUGCGUCAUCGAGGACUGUCUAACUUAUUUCCAUUGGGGUCCUUAAUCUUGUCCCCCAGGAUGCGACCCACACCAGUCGACUAACACCCAGGGUAUAAAACAUUGUGUAGUAAAAUGGAUGCUAAUAAUAAAGGAGAUAUGAGUCAGCCCCCUGCAAACAACAGGACACAGCAGGAGACAUUGUCACGAGGACUUCUGGAUGAUGAAGACAGACUGAGUGACUUCGGGUCACCCAAACAUGGGCCCACACUCUCAACCAGCACCAGCAGUUUCGAAGCUCUUGACCCUCAUGACCCUAACCUUAGUCAUUUGGCAUCUUUAAUGUUUUCACAUACUUCUAAUUAUCUGCAGGGCGAGUUGUCAGCAGUCUUGGAAGAUUAUACUCUUCUAGAACAAAUGAACAAAGCAACUAUCACCAAAUAUGCAGAUAUGCGUCAAAUUGGUGGAAGUGUAAGCAGGGCUCUUAAGGAUCUGAAUGAAAAAUAUUUAGCUUUACAACCCUACCUUGAGCAGAUUGACCAGAUUGAAGAUAGUGUUACAAAACUAGAAGCUGCUGCAUAUAAACUAGAUGCUUAUUCUAAGAGAUUAGAAGCAAAAUUCAAAAGUUUGGAGAAGAAAUAAGGAAAAUGAAAUCUAUUUUAUAGAAAUAUACAAGUUUUUAUUUACUGAAAUUUGAGGUACAGUACAGGUACAGUAUGGAUUCUCCUGAUGGUUACUAUAUCUUAGAGGCCUUGUUGGAGGAAUGAAGCUUCUGGCUUGUGAAGUAUACCUCUCUUUUUCUAUUUGAACAGAACAAUGACACAUACAUAGUGUCUUGGUCUGAAUUCAGAUAGAGCUAAACAGAUUUGAUAAUAGAAUAUUCACUGUGAUAUGCACAAAAGUGGUCUCAAAAAAAAAAAAAAAAAAAAAACUUGGAUUAGAGGAAUUAAUGAAGAGGUUACCUUUCCUUAGGAGUGAAAAAUGCUGCAAUAUGUGUUUUUUGGUGUUUAGAGAUAACUAAGUUGUUGUAAAAGACCUGCUGUCUCACUGUGGUAUUAAAGUAAUGUAUCCUUUAUAGUAAAGCUUGGAAUAAAAACCAAACCAACAAAAGUCCUUCUAUAACUUAUUGUCUAAAGCAGGGAUUACCCACAUUUUUGAUAGUGGGCCAUAUUAAAGUUUAAAAUUUAAUGGGCACAACACUAUAAAAACAGAACCAAGUGAAAGUGUAGAUAUUUAACCCUUUGAGGGUCGACAGGCCCUCUCCGAGACUUGUUCUCAGGGUCGGCCAAAUUUAAAAAAAAAAAAAAUUUUUUCUUAUGAAAAGAUAGAGAAUCUUUUCCCGAUCAUAAUGACACCAAAAGUAUGAAAUUUGAUGGAAAACUUACAGAAUUAUGCUCUCGCGAAGUUAGCGGUCUUGACUAUGUUUACGCAUCGGCGAUUUUGCCCACUUUGAGCCCUAUUUUCGGCCAAUUCCAGUGUACUAGUCGACAAAAAUCAUAACUAUUUCUCUAGAACUCCAUUUUUUCUAUUGAAUGAGUACAAGAUAUCACCCAUUUACUGAUUUCAACUAUCCAAUACAGUGGUCAGAAUUUAGCAAUUUUUCCAAUUUCACACAAAUUUCAAAAGAUGCCAAUUUCCAAAUAGGGUCCAGAAUAAACAAGAAAGACAUUCCUGACACUAAAAUAACAUUUCUUCUGUUCGUUAGUCACAUCCCCAGGCCCCUCUUGUAUUUCUUUGGCUUUCCACUUUGUUUUUAUUCUUACAAAAAAUAGAAGAUUUACUGUUAUGCAGACUGCUGCAUUAGUGUAGAAAUGGUAUAAAUAAUAUCAGCGCACUUGUGAAAGAAUAUUAGACUCACCAGUUGACGUGUAUUGGACGCUUGGCACGAUUUGUUUACUUUUGAACUUUGGUAAAAAUCAAACAUUUCUGCUACUUUGAGCUCAAUUUCAAGGUACUUUUCAUUGUAAAACCAGUCAAAAUCAUCUCAAUUUCUGUAAUAUGUCUUCCAUUCUAUAAAGUGAGACCAAGAAAACUAGAAUACAACAAUAAAUACCAUACGAAAAUACAGUGCAAAGUCGCUGUUUUAUUCCAAAAACACGGUCAAAGUUUUUUUUUCUCAUUAUGCACUGUUUGCUGCAGGAAUUUUUUUAUACUGUGCACAUUGACCACAUAGACCCAUUCUUUCAUAUGUAUGCCUACCAGCUUUCCCCCACUAGAUUUGAGGGCGCUAGAAUUUAGGCGUACUAGUACAUCAAAAACCCUGUAUCAUAAGCCGUACUAGUACUGCCAAAACCCUCAAAGGGUUAAUGCCUGACCAUUCAGUUUAACAUGAAGUGAUAAUUGAUCUCAGUAUGAAUAUCAUAUAAUUAGUAAAUAAACAAGUUUUAAUUUAAGAAACAUAUUUAUUAACUUGAUCAUCAUAUGUCAAUCCUGAUUUGAAAUUAACUUUGCUGUGCAAUCUGCAGGUUACUGAAGUCUGAAACAUCUUGAGGGCCACACAAAAUAGGUUAAAGGGCCUCACGCAGCUCCCUUAGUCUGACACAUUCACAACUGCAAUUUAUUCUACGUAUUCCCUUAAUAGUAGCAUUUAAUAGUGUUGUAUAUGUAACAAAGGUAUGUGUUAUAUCAGUAUAAUGUAUCUAAGGGUGUACCCAUUAUAUACAACUUGUUAUGAGGUGCCACGUGGUAACUAGACGAGCAGUAGAGGUUAAAAAAUCAUACUGUAUUUGAAAUAUAGUUUAAGAAUUGCAUUUUUUAAAUAUAUAUAUA